AUGUCGAACACAAGAGUACAAACAAUCUUAAACCUACUACAACGACAACCACCACAACCACAACAACCACCACCGCCACCACCACCAUCAAAAAUCAUUCUUAGAUCUGUCACACACUCUAUAAAUGAUGACGAAAUAGAAAAAGGUCGAUGCGGUGAAAAAGGAAAGAGAGAAAAAAUCACGGUGAUUGAAAACUAUAAAAACGGAAACGGAAAAAGAUGUAAAAAAUUUGACCCUCGUUACUCGUACGGUCUCAAUUCGUUCAUUCGAAUUUUUUUCGAUUUAUUUUAUGGCGCCAAAAACGGAAUUUUUCGAAAAUUUUACGGUAUUGUCCACGUCAAAACGGAAACGGAAAAAGUUUUAUUUUCAAACGGACAAACUAUUUCUUAA